AUGUCCAACAUCUCCGCGGGGGAGAUCUUCAUCGAUCUCCACUUGGGUACCAGCGUUGGAUUUCCCGCGACGCCUUACUAUGCGGAGAUCCGAUUCAUAGCUCCCCCCGCAAAUUCUCCGGCCUGUAACAUCCCGCGCAACGUUCCCCGCGCCUCCGCCUCCGAUACUCGACCUGAUAAGUUUUCCCCCGCGCCUGUGAAACCAACCUAUCGACCUUUGGAAGCGGCUACAAUUCUGGAUGAGAUGCAGCAUCUGAUCUGCUGA